AUGUCCGAGAAGACAUGGUUACGACUACACGAAGAGAGUCAACGCUUAUUAGAAUACGAUCGAGCAUUAUAUUCUACGUGGAAUGUCACUCUCCGACAUAUUCAGCUGCAGAAUCAACAAGCCGCUGAACUCUUUCGACUGUGGGCAUACUUCGAUAAUCAUGAUCUAUGGUUCGAACUGCUACAUGCAGGAGGUCAAAACAAGGAGCCAAUUUGGCUUCAUGGAUUGACGGAAGACAAGCUUAGUUUUGCCGCAGCAAUGAGAGUUAUCUGCGCAUACGGACUAGCAGAACCAUAUGCACAUGGCCACGAAGGCUUAGCAUCAGAAUCGAGAGGAUAUAGUAUGCACACGUGUGUUCAUGCAUGGACGGCACAUGUUCUCAACGCAAUAUCAAGCCCAGAGCUGGCAAACGUAGCAAUACGAUGUAUAACAUCGCACGCUCAUCGUCGCACUGAAGCCGAGUUUUGGCUAGUGCAAAGACGACUCUUGCCACAUGUCGACCGAUUAAUAGCGACAAUCGAUAGAGACGUCGAAUUUAGACCGUCGGUGUGCAAGGUCUUUCACAGUCUUGGCGAGCUCUACUCUGAUCAAGAUCGAUUGGACGAUGCAAAUACCAUGUAUGAACGAGCUCUCCAAGGCCUUGAGAAGGCAGUUGGUCUACACCACAAGGACACACUUGCGAUCAUUAAUAGUCUGGGGCUUUUGUACUCCAAACGAGGGCAGCAAGAGGUUGCACAGGCCAUGCUCGAACGAGCUGUACAAGGCAUUGAGAAAUUAAAAGGGCCAGACCACCCACACACACUUACGGCUAUCUAUAAUUUAGGCGUUAUCUACGCCCGAAGAGGCCAGCUAGAGGAUGCCAAGAUAAUGUAUGAACGGGCUUCCGAAGGCCGUAAGAAGCUAUUGGGGCCAGAUCACCCGGAGACAUUGUCGCCGAUCCACAGUAUGGGCUUACUCUACCAUUAA